UAUGCUGGGUCCCGGGGAGCUGCUCGGUGGGGGGGGCGCUUCGCCGUGGGGGCAGGGGGAAUGCAGAGUCUCGCAGGGCAGAUCGGGGGCGAAUGGUCCCUCCGGCCUCCGCCCCGCGGGGAGAAGUCGCAGCUGAGGAGGAGGCGCGGCCGCCACCGUCGAGCCAAGUCAGAGUCAGACCUGAGGGAUGUAGCCCCCCUCCCGGCUGGGGCCCAGCUAGCCCUGGGCGGUGCUUGGCCUGCGGAUCCCUCCAGGAAAGGGGGCUCAGCACGGCACUGCCUGGUGCAGAUGGAUACCGGGGACCGCGGUCCGCAGCCGGGAACAGGCGCGGGAAGGGAAGCGGAGCAGUUCCUGGGGUCAGGUCCGGGAGCCAGGACCCUAAAGGCCAGCUGGAUAGAAGCCACGUGGGGUCUCUGCUUACACCUCUGGUUCUGGAGACGAGUUUCUGGAAUUUUGAUUGCUGUUCCUGUGAUUUUACUUUUGAUCUGGUUUAGCUGGAGUCUUCCCAUAUUGCCUCACCUGGAGCCGUGCCGUGAUGACUGGCUAUAUUACAGAAAGAAAUGUUAUUACCUCUCAGAAGAUCAAGCAGACUGGGACUCCAGUCAAAGCUUCUGCUCUGCACAUGGGGCUUCUCUUGCUGUGAUUGAAAGCCAACAAGAAAUGAAUUUCAUAAUGAAUCGAAUGCGCACAAGAGACUCUUGGAUUGGGCUGCGCAAGAAAGGAGCCGAGUUCUACUGGGUGAAUGGAGAAACACUUAAUAUGAGUCUAUUUCCUGUAUACCUAUCAGGUCAUGAAGAAUGUGCCCACACAGAUUCAAUCUCCAUUUCCACAUCAGAGUGCAGGUUACUCAGGAACUGGCUCUGCAGUGUGGGUCUGCCUCAGUCCAGCGCCCUUUCUCCAUAGAACACAACUUGAUGUAUAAAUCCAUGGACUUUCUUCACAUGUGGAUCACUGGCCUGUAGUCCACAGUACUUGAACAUUUUGAAAUUCAGGAUCACAGUAGCAGCAGAGAAAACAGAGCCAUUGUGGGAGGGUUCAUGAAUGCACAUCUUCAGUGCCAGCUGGAUAGUGAUAAAGAGAAUAGUCAUCCCUACAUGGAGAAGAAUGAUAAUUCCUACGGAAAGCUGGUAGGGUCCGGGGGAAGGGCCGAUAUGGUGAUAGCAAUUGUAGCAGACUUGAGUGAGUGGACAGGAAACUGACCAUAAUGAGACCUAGGAAAUGACUGCAACGCAAAUAUUUCCUUGUUUGAGCUUCAGCCCAGCUGAGAAGAAAGAUGAUAACACGAGUAAAGCAAUCGCUUCUCAGAGAGGGCUUCAAAGCACAGUCCUAGACCCAGCAAACCAUCUUUGCAUUUGUAAAGAGAAAUCUCACUUAUUGGGGACCUCAGUUCAGCAAUGAGAGCGCUGAAGGAAAUGAAGCUGGCCAACCUCCUUGAGAACUCUAACAUGGAGCUCUAAAAAGAAUGAUGUAGAAUAAAUAGAUUUCUUGGAUGUGUAAAAUGUCACGAAAUGGUUAUGUAAACUUUCUUACAAAGAUAAUGUACAGUGUCCCUCAUGCUUCUUGCUGUUUCUGUUUUAUUCAGGGUUUUGUAAUUCUGUACCUAAGAAUUUCAGAUUCAGCUUUGUGGUCCUGGUGUUUC